AUGCGCCCCCGCGCCGCCCCCCGCGCCCCCGCCGGCGCCGCCGCCGCGCUGGGGCUCUGCAGCCUCCUGCUGCUGCUGCCGCCAGGACCCGCGUGCCCCGCGGGCUGCGCCUGCACCGACCCGCACACCGUGGACUGCCGCGACCGCGGGCUGCCCAGCGUGCCCGACCCCUUCCCCCUGGACGUGCGCAAGCUACUGGUGGCCGGUAACCGCAUCCAGCACAUCCCCGAGGGCUUCUUCAUCUUCUACGGCGACCUGGUCUACCUGGACUUCAGGAACAACUCACUGCGCUCUCUGGAGGAGGGCACGUUCAGCGGCUCGGCCAAGCUCGCCUUCCUCGACCUCAGCUACAACAACUUGACCCAGCUGGGCGCCGGCGCCUUCCGUUCGGCCGGGAGGCUGGUCAAGCUGAGCCUGGCUAACAACAACCUGGCGGGCGUGCACGAGGCCGCCUUCGAAACCCUGGAGUCGCUGCGGGUGCUGGAGCUCAACGACAACAACCUGCGCAGCCUCAGCGUGGCCGCCCUGGCCGCGCUGCCCGCGCUGCGCACCCUGCGCCUGGACGGGAACCCGUGGCUCUGCGACUGCGACUUCGCCCACCUCUUCUCGUGGAUCCAGGAGAACGUGUCCAAGCUGCCCAAAGGCCUUGACGAAAUCCAGUGCUCCCUGCCCGUGGGGAACAGGAGGAUAUUCCUGCAAGAGCUGUCGGAGGCCAGCUUCAGCGAGUGCAAGUUCAGCCUCUCCCUCACAGACCUGUUCAUGAUCAUCUUCUCUGGCGUGGCUGUGUCCAUCGCCGCCAUCAUCUCCAGCUUCUUUCUGGCCACCGUGGUGCAGUGCUUCCAGAGGUGCGCCCCCAACAAAGACACUGAGGACGAAGAUAAGGAUGAGGACGACUGAGCCGCCCGCACCCCUUUUCCUCGCUCUCCAGAACCCCAGCCGGUGGCUCUCCUCCGAGGAAAAGGCUGAAAACGGAGAAGAAUUGACCAUCGGUGACCAGAGCGGUGCCUGCUCUGAGCCUUGCCCCCUGGGCGCACCCGCUGAGACCUCUGAUCUCAGAGUUUAGAAUCCACAGAGUGAAGGAGCCCAGGAAGGAUGCCCCGAGGAGAGCUUGCCUUCCGGCCUGAGGUGCGUGUGGGGAGAAGAUGACCGAGUCAGGUUUCAGAGCUGACAGCUGCAAACAGCGCAGGGGAUGUGAGGACUGGCGGCUCUCACCUGCAAAGAUGACUUUGUUCUGUCCAUGUCUCUGACCCGGACCGCAGGACCAGGCAGCUUCUCCUGCCUCCUGAGAGGCAGCAGCCUAGACGGUGGCGAUUGGAGUUCAGGUCCGUCUCCAUGGGAGCAGGACUUCUGCCCCUUCUGGAAUAGGCUUCGGCCACCUUGGGGUGUAACGCAGAGAACAACCCCAUUUCUGGCUAAAAUGGCACCGAGUAAAAAGCUAAGACCUGGCCAAAGG